AUGCCAUAUUACACCAAGUUCCUAAAAGAAAUUCCAUUCAAUAAAAAGAAACUUGAAGAUGAAGAGACAGUGGCUCUCACUACAAAGUGUAACACCAUUAUCCAAAACAACAUGCCCCCCAAACUGAAAGACCCUGGUGGUUUUUCUAUCCCAUGUGUUAUAGGCAAGUUUGUCAUCGACAAAACACUUUGUGAUUUAAUAGCUAGCGUAAGUUUAAUGCCCAUUUUGAUUUGUGAACAACUAAACUUAGGAGACUUAAGACCUAGGAGAAUGUCCAUUCGAUUGGCAGAUCACUCAGUUAAAUACCCUGUAGGAAUGCUGGAAAAUAUUCCAAUACGCAUUGGCCAAUUCUACAUCCCUACGGACUUCAUAGUAAUGGAUAUAAAGGAAUAUUCUAGUAUACCUAUCAUAUCAGGUAGACCUUUCUUAGGCACUUCCGGUGCGAUAUUAGAUGUAAAGCGAGGGAAACUAACAUUCGAGGUAGGUGAAGAGAAGAUUGAGUUUAUUCUUUACAAAUUUCUUAAAGCUCCAGCUAUAAAUGACACAUGUUGUUUCAUUGAUAUCAUUGAUGAAUGCAUAAAAGAAUUAGCAGCUGAACAACCACCGCCUAUUAAGGAACCGAUCGAACUUCCAGUUGAAGCUAUGCUAGAAGAAGAUGAGGUAGAAUAUGAUUGUCCUUAUAAUGAUGAUAGGUUAAGAGACUGUAUUGCACUUACACCUGACCAUAUGUCAAGCCCUAAGCAACCAUCAGUUGAACAUAAGGUACUACCCAAAAAUCUAAGAUAUGAGUUUCUAGAUGGACGCCUUGAUCGUCUAGUUAUAGUUAAUGUUGAUCUUGACAAAGAUGAUACUAAGAAACUCUUAGUAGUGUUGAAAAAGUAUCAUACUCCUUUAGGCUACAAUGUUUCAUAUCUAAAAGGGAUAAGCCCCUAUGUGUGUAUGCACAGAAUCAUGCUAGAAAAGGACUCUAAAUCCUCUAGAGAGCACUAG